AUGCAUAGCGUCUUUGAAGAUGAGAAAAGAAAAUCGGUGAUUUUGCGUGUUAAUAUAACCAUUUCACGAAUCCUCGACUUAAUGGACUGCACACCAGGCAACAAUGACAAAAUCACAUUGAAAAGAUGGUUUUUCAUCGAUAAAAGGGUGGGCCCCAUGCCGCUAAAUGAAGAUUCGAAUCUUGGGAUCAAAUCUGGAGGGUUGUCAUUGUCUACAAGCAUCCCCACCGUUACAAGGAAAAACCUCGGUGAUAUCUUUUCCAAUGGCUGUCUGGAUGCCAUGAGAUCAUCCUCUCCUCCUCGCAAGAAGAUCUCGAAAGAUUUCGACGAUUUUGUCGACGAUGAUGUCAUGGACGAUGCGGAAAUUUCGUAUCUCUCUUGGAUGAUUAAAUACCCAUCGGCUCUUGAUUCGUUCGAGACGAUCGUAGAUCGUGCGCGAGAUGGAAAAUUGGUCAUUUUUCUUGACUAUGACGGCACUCUUUCACCGAUUGUGGAUGACCCGGAUCGAGCUUUUAUGUCCGAUGAUAUGCGAUUUGUUUUAAGGAGCGUCGCGGAACAUUUCCCGACCGCAAUCAUUAGUGGAAGAAGCCGUGAUAAGGUUUACAAAUUGGUCGGACUCAGUGAACUCUAUUAUGCCGGUAGUCAUGGAAUGGACAUAAUAUUCCCGGCCAAAGACAUGGUUAAUCUAGAAAACCAUUCGAAUUGUGCCAAAUUUACCGAUCACAAGGGAACGGAGGUUAAUUUAUUCCAACCGGCGAGUGAAUUUAUACCCAUGAUUGAUGAGGUUUUCAGAAAGUUAGUUGAGAUUACACAAGACAUAGAAGGCUCGAAAGUCGAGAACCAUAAGUUUUGCGUCUCUGUACAUUACCGCAAUGUAGAUGAAAAUAGGUGGCCCGUCAUUGCGCAAUAUGUUCAUGAUAUUUUGAUAGACUACCCUAGGCUUCGACUAACUCAUGGACGAAAGGUUUUGGAGGUUCGUCCGGUGAUUGACUGGGACAAAGGGAGAGCAGUCGAGUUUCUUCUUGAAUCGCUAGGAUUUAACAACCAUAAUGAUGUUCUCCCGAUUUAUAUCGGAGAUGACAAAACGGAUGAAGAUGCAUUCAAGGUUCAAGAUUUUCUGGAAUCACUUGUGAGAAUGGCUGAAAAAGAUGCAAAGCAGAUGAAACAACUGCAGAUAAUACAGACUAACUGUGAUAUUAAACAAUAG